GUAUGGAGUUAAAGGAGCGUUUGGACACGGAAGCGGUGACACGUUACGUCAGACUUAACAAGCGGAUAUUGUUUUAUUCACAGUUACAAUAUAAUUGUAACAUGUAAUGGCAGCCUGAGUACAGGGCAGGUUUUCCAGUUAAUGAACAUUCGGCUGCAGGAGCGUGGGAAAAAUAGACGCCAUAUGAUAUGCCAGCUCUUACAAUGUCAGAGAUCGAGGACUGUCAAAGACGCUUUCAGGCAGCUGUCGACGUCAUUCAAAGCCUACCCAAAAAUGGUUCCUACAGACCCUCUUAUGAAGUGAUGCUGCGGUUUUAUGGUCUAUACAAACAGGCAGUCUGUGGCCCAUGUACAGUGUCACGCCCCGGAUUUUGGGACCCUGUAGGCCGUUACAAAUGGGAUGCUUGGAACCAGCUUGGAGACAUGAGUCGGGAGAAUGCCAUGGCUGCUUAUGUGGAUGAAAUGAAGAAAGUUGCACAAGAGGUCAUAGACACCAUGCAAAUCAAUGAGAAGACUGCAUCAUUUUUCCACUAUUUUGAACCUCUCUAUCAUGUCAUUCAUGAUAUGCCCAGACCUCCAGAGGCACUUUUAUCUCUCAGAUCAGAUAUAAAUGCCAAAGAUGGUUGGGCUGAUCAUGAAGUGGAGCGGGCAACUCAAGAACCAGCUCUUCAACUGAAGGACUCAGGGAUGGUCCCUGAAAGUGAACUUAAAGCUGAGAGCACAGAGGCACCUGUGUCUGAGGUUCAGGGGCCGACUAGUGAUUCAGAAAGUGAAAUCUUUUGUGACUCAUUGGAACAGCUGGACACUGUUAAGCCUGCUGCAAUGCCGGAUGGUAAUGCCAGUUCCCAGAAUGAGCAUGCACACAUUGAGACCUCUGGAAUCCAGGAGAAUCAUUACAGCCCUCUCUCUCAGGUGACCAUGUUCGGUGCUGGACAUGGUGGUGAGGGGGCAGAAGAUAGGCAUGGUCCUUCCAAGAGGAGGAGAACUACAGGAAGAGAGGGGAUGCAGCAGGGCUGGAGGGACCCCUCCGGUAAGUUUAAUCUGGAUUUUUAAUCACACAUUAUAAACCUAAGCCCCUUUUUGGGUUAUUGUGUCACUAUUACAAGUAAAACCAUGUAACAAUAUUUUGGUAAAUUUUAUUUAAAAAAAAUUUAAAUAUAC